UCCUUCGAAGAGCCUCUUCCUUUCUCGUCAGGUCUGCUAACCUUACUCCCCUCAAAACCCAAAUCUCCUUUCUCAGAAUCCCAUCUUCUUGGUUUAUUUCGUCUGGGUCUUCUUCAAAAUCACCGGAAAAAACAGAAAAGAUUACAGCUUCAUAGAUCUGGAACCUCGUUCAUCUGCUUUUCUUCAAGUUCUUAAUCUCCUCUUUCAAAAAUCCCUUCUUUUGGGACUGUUUUCAUACAAGGGUCUCUUGUAGGAAGACCAGAAAAUAUAUGUUCUUUGUCAAAUAGAUCUCAGCUUCUUCUUCAGUACUCAGAUCUGCGAAAACUCGUUUCUCAGAGUGCUGCUUAUUUAAGUAUUUCUAUGUCAAGAUUCCAUAUUUUGGGGAUUUUUUGAAGUGGGUCUGUUGGAUGUCGUAGGAAAACGAGAAAAGGGAAAUCUUGAAAGAUUGAAUCUCUGUUGGAAAGGUUUUAGCCCUUUAUGAUGGUGAAAUUGGUGGGAGCUGUUUUGGUGGUCCUGUUCAUCUUUUCUGGUUCGAAGGUUGAAGCAGAUGGGUCAGAUCACAAGUAUAAGGAGAGAGAUCCUGUCCCUUUGUAUGCAAACAAAGUGGGUCCUUUUCACAAUCCAAGUGAGACGUACCGAUAUUAUGAUCUCCCAUUCUGUUCACCAGACCAUGUGAAUGAGAAAAGGGAAGCUCUUGGGGAAGUUCUGAAUGGCGAUCGACUUGUUGAUGCACCAUACCAAUUGAACUUUCAAAUUGACAAACAUUCUGAGACCCUUUGUAAGAGAAAACUGUCAAAAGAAGAGGUUGCAAAGCUUAGAGAUGCUGUCGUGAAAGACUACUACUUCCAAAUGUACUAUGACGACUUGCCCUUUUGGGGAUUCUUGGGGAAGGUUGAAAAGGAAAACAAGAUGGACCCGAGCGAGUACAAGUAUCUUCUCUUUAAGCAUAUUCACUUUGAUAUUCUUUACAACGAUGAUCGCGUCAUAGAAAUCAAUGUUCAGACGGAUCCAAAUUUAGCAGUCGAUAUUACAGAGGACAAGGAAGUUGAUGUGGAAUUCUCAUAUUCGGUGAAGUGGAAAAAAACUGAUAUCCCUUUUGAGAAGCGGAUGGAGAAAUACUCGAAGUCUUCCUCGAUGCCCCAGCACUUGGAGAUCCAUUGGUUCUCGAUAAUAAAUUCAUGUGUGACGGUCCUUCUUCUAACAGGGUUUCUUGCUACGAUUCUUAUGCGUGUGCUUAAGAAUGACUUCAUUAAAUAUUCACAUGAUGAGGAGGCCGUUGAUGACCAAGAGGAGACGGGGUGGAAGUACAUUCAUGGGGAUGUCUUCCGAUUCCCAAAGCACAAGUCCUUGUUUUCAGCUGUUCUUGGAUCAGGAACUCAGCUUUUGGCUCUUGCAAUAUUCAUCUUCCUUCUUGCACUAGUUGGUGUGUUCUAUCCGUACAAUAGGGGAGCCCUUUUCACAGCUCUGGUUGUCAUAUAUGCUCUUACAUCCGGCAUUGCAGGCUACACUGCAACCUCCUUCUAUUUGCAGCUAGAAGGAACUAACUGGGUGAGGAAUCUGUUGCUAACGGGAUGCUUGUUUUGCGGGCCUUUGUUCUUGACAUUCUGCUUCCUGAACACUGUUGCUAUCGCAUACAGUGCCACAGCAGCCUUACCAUUCGGCACUAUCUUGGUGAUUCUUCUCAUAUGGACGCUGGUAACUUCCCCAUUACUUGUCUUGGGUGGUAUUGCAGGUAAGAACAGCAAAGCUGAAUUCCAAGCACCUGUUCGCACGACAAAGUAUCCCAGAGAAAUCCCUCCUUUGCCAUGGUAUAGAGGAACGAUCCCUCAGAUGGCAAUGGCUGGGUUUCUGCCCUUCAGUGCCAUCUACAUAGAGCUGUACUACAUAUUCGCGAGUGUGUGGGGUCACAAAAUUUACACCAUCUAUAGCAUCCUGUUCAUUGUUUUCAUCAUUCUCAUCAUUGUCACGGCAUUCAUCACGGUGGCGCUGACAUACUUUCAGCUGGCGGUCGAGGACCAUGAGUGGUGGUGGAGGUCUGUUCUCUGCGGAGGCUCCACUGGCGUAUUCAUCUUUGGAUACUGUCUAUACUACUAUUAUGCAAGGUCGGACAUGUCGGGCUUCAUGCAAACAUCAUUCUUCUUUGGUUACAUGGCUUGCAUCUGCUAUGGAUUCUUCCUCAUGCUCGGGACUGUCGGUUUCCGUGCCUCCUUGCUGUUCGUGCGCCACAUAUACCGUUCGAUCAAGUGCGAGUAGGUGGCCUGCUCGGCGCAUGUCCCCAUCAAGUGGUUGUCCACAUUGCGCCUAGUCACAUUGUAGUAGUGGUAGCAGUAGCCAAUGCCCAUCAUUUUUGCAAACACCCCAAGGACUAGAUUAUGUCUACCUGGAAUGUAAUUCUGUUUGUCUUGCCACAGUAAUUCCCCUUUUGUUCUUAUGUGAUGCAGAUCAAUGUCAUGCGUAUUUAGAGAAAUGUAUGGUGAAAUUUUUAGUGGAAUGUGGUUGCUGAAUGAAUAUUGACAAUAACAGUGCAUGGUGCGUUUGGACA